AUGUCUUCUCCAUUUUCAUUCCAAGAUUAUUAUGUUCACUUACAAAUCCCCCUACAAGAUAUAGCAUCCGCCACCAACAACUUUGCUAUUGAAAAUCUCGUGGGAAAAGGUGAGUUUGGAAAAUUUUACAAAGGACAACUGAUCUUGCGGUCAGGACAUGAGUCGUUGAUAAAUAUUGUUGCACGGAGGUUGGAUCGGAGCAAUGGCGGUAGGCAUGAGUAUAUAAAAGAUCAGUUCUGGACAGAGAUUUCGAUGCUUUUUCGUCUCAAGCAUCAAAAUCUAGUCUCUUUUGUUGGGUUUUGUGAUGAGGAUGGUGAGAAGAUAGUCAUAACCAAGUAUGCGGUAAAUGGAAGUCUUGACAAAUAUCUAAACAGCCCAACCCUCACAUGGAUGCAAAGAUUACGCAUAUGCGUUGAUGCAGCACGUGCUUUGAAUUACAUCCAUUACGAUACAAGACACAAUUUUCGUGUCAUACAUCGUAACAUCAAGAGCUCCACGAUUUUACUAGAUGAAAAUUGGGAUGCCAGGUUAAGUGGUUUUGAACUUUCCACAGCAACUCGGAGGCAGAGGUUUGUCCUGUCACCAGUUUGUGGCACGUUUGGCUACCUAGACCCAGUACAUACGGAGACGGGAAGUGUUACACAGAAAUCUGAUGUUUACGCUUUCGGUGUCGUAUUAUUUGAAGUCCUUUGUGGGAGGAAAGCACAAAUUUACAGCAAAGAUAAUAGACCUGAAUAUUUAGCUCCAUUGGCCACAAAGCAUUACGAAGAUAAAAGCUUGGAUGAGAUAAUUGAUCCUGAUCUAAGGAAACAAAUGGACCGACAAUCACUCUCCAUCUUCUCACACACUGCAUACCAAUGCUUGAACAGACAACGAGCACAACGUCCAAACAUGGAAGAUGUUGUGAAAACACUAGAGAAAGCGUCACAACUUCAAUGGAAACAUGAAAAUCCUGGGGAAAACUUGGAACACUUGAAGAUUCAACUCAAAGAUAUUGUGUUGGCUACCGAAAAUUUUGCUGAUACAUACUGUAUCGGGUCAGGCGCAUAUGGUAUGGUGUACAUAGCAGAACUCGAUCAUUUUGACAGCAAAAGUUGGUCGGCAAGAGAAUGGAAAAAUAAAGAUGAAUUGCCCAAGAAACGCUCAAGUGUAGCCAUCAAAAAAAUCAUUAGCAGACAAGAUGGGGAAGGAGAACAAGGGUUUUUUGCAGAAAUUGAAAUGCUUACUAGUUGUAAGCAUAAGAAUAUAGUCUCUCUUCUUGGCUUUUGUGAUGAAGGGCCUCAUUUGAUCCUUGUCUAUGAGCUUGCUUCUAAUGGAAGCCUUGAUGAUUUUUUAGGAAACACAAAUAACAUUACUACUCUUCUUUGGAAGCAACGUAUAAAAGUAUGUCUUGGUAUUGCAUGCGGAUUGAAUUACCUUCACACCACCAUGGAUGACAAAGAGAGGAUUAUUCACUGUGACAUAAAGAGUGGCAACAUUCUCUUGUACGAGAAUUGGGAAGCGAAGAUCGCUGAUUUUGGGCUCUCCAGAUUCCAUCCUGCAAGCACUGUCAAUACCAACAAUAUUGCAGGCACAGAAGUGUACUUAGAUCCAGAAUAUUUGAAGACAGGUAAGUUGAAAAAGGAAUCAGAUACUUACUCUUUUGGGGUAGUAAUGUUUGAACUCUUGUGUGGAAGGUUGGCAUAUGAUGCAAUUUAUAAUACCGACAAUGACAAGGGGCUUCCAUCCAUCGUGCGACAACGUUUCAGUGAAGGGAUAUGUAUGGAUAUGGUAGAUCCAAAAAUAAAGGAAGAAACUGAUGACAACAUCUUUACUCUAAACAGAGGACCCAAUCAAAAUUCUUUGGACACAUUUUCAAAAAUUGCAUAUCAAUGUUUGGCAGAAACUCAAGCUGAGCGUCCAACAAUGGAAGCCGUCAUCAAGGAACUCGAGAAAGCUUUAUACUUCCAAGAAAACAACAAAGACAAUCUCAAAAUUUCACUUGAGGCCAUAAAAUUGGCCACACAAAACUUCAGCGAUAGCAAUUGCAUUGGAGGAGGAGGUUUUGGGAAGGCAUACAAAGGACAAGUUCCACAUGGAAACGGACAUAACAUCAUUGUUGCAAAGCGGUUGAAAGGACGUUAUGGCUAUUGUGACGAAAUGAAUGAAAAGAUCAUUGUUUAUGAGUAUACAACUAGAGGAAGUCUCGAUAGGUACUUGAAUGAUGAUGGUCUUAUGUGGAUGAAACGGCUUGAGAUAUGCAUUGAUGUUGCAAGGGGGUUGGAUUUCCUUCAUGAGACUAGUAUUGUAAAACAAGAAGUAGUGAUACAUAGGGACAUCAAAAGCUCUAACAUUCUACUAAAUUGGGAUUGGAAAGCCAAAAUUACUGAUUUUGGGCUUUCCUUAAUAUGUCCAAUGUAUCAGGAAGUGGACUACCUUAUGGAGCAUGUUACAGGCACGGUUGGCUAUGUGGACCCACUAUACAUGGAUACGGGUUUUUUAACCAAAGAAUCUGAUAUAUACUCGUUCGGUGUGGUUUUAUUUGAGAUCUUGUGCGGGAGAUUAGCAUUCAUUCAACAUCGCGAUAAUAACCCGCAGUUUCUAGCUCGGUUGGUUAAAGACAAGUUGGAUAAAGGAAGGGUUGAGGAGAUGGUGUUUGAGGGUAUAAAGAAACAAAUUGUGCCAGAAUCAUUGACUACAUUUUGUAAGAUUGCCUAUCAAUGCUUACAUGAUGACCGAGAAAAACGACCAACAGCAAGAGAGGUGAUACUACAACUUGAGAAAGCAUUAGAAUUCCAAGAGGAUUAUGAAGUAUGGGAACCUAAAUUACCCGCAGACUAUAAACAAAUAAUCCAAAUGUCAAAGUCUUCUGAAAUCUACUCCGACAAAAUGAAAAAGGAUAUCUACGAUAUGUUCUCCCAAGGAAUUCUAGUUCAAGAGGGCAAAGUGUGGUUCUCAUUCCACGGACAUGGAGAAAGAAAUGAAUUAAUAUCAGCAAGAAUGUUUUCAUACAAAAACCGUAAGUCAUAUAAGUGGCGAUCUGUUCCAAAAUCAAGGUUUCAGGUAGUGGCAAAGAUGUUGGAUAUUUCAAAUCUUAAGAUUCAAGUUCAGAUAAAAACUCAAUUUUUGUCUCCGAAUGUUGUAUACGGAGUUCAUCUGAUCUUCAAGUUUUGUGAUUCAAGAAAAAUUUCAAAUAAGCCAAUGUAUGUGAACCUCAAGUACAAAAUGGAGAGCGAAACCUUACACACCUAUUUCGCAACACUGAGAAAGGACACGUGGAUGAUGAUCGAAUUGGGCCGGUUCUUGAAUCACAAGGAAGGUAUUGAUUUGGAGGUUCUAUUAGAGAGCUUUUCAAGCUACUAUUGUGGAAGUGGUGCCAUCUAUGUUGAAGGCAUUGAAUUUCAAGCCGUGGAUAAUGUAAGACAUGAAGACAAUGAAAAGCUAAGAGAGGUGCAAGGAGUAUUGACAUCAAAGUUGUGGCUAAGCAAAGUGGAUGGGAAGAAAUGUCACAUGCUUCCGGCAAAGGAUGUUCUAUACGACUCUUCUAACGACAAGUUCUUUAACUGGAAACCCUCAACCGAAUCCAGAUUUCAAGAGGUGAUUGAGGUUUUGCCAAGACAAGUGUUUGGUAUCAAGUGCAAGAUUGAAAGUCAAAUGUUGUCACCAAAUACAGAUUACGUAUGUUACCUUGUGUUCAAGCUUUCGGAAAGAUGUCGUGGGUUGCAUUGUCCGGUGAAAGUACGGAAUCUACUCCACCGGAAAAACAAAGAAAUUGGAAUUGUAUAUUUUAGAUUCCCAAGCCUGUGGAAUAUACUUGAUACCGAUCGGGUUCCAAGAAGGAGGGAAGAUGGAUGGAUGGAGGUUAAUGUGUGGAAAUUCAACUCAAAUGAUGGGAUCAGACAUGAUUCUAUUCCUGUAAAUUUGAAACUCAUAAGCUACGAAGAAACCAUGUCUGGCCUUGUUGUAUGUGGUCUUGAGAUCCGACCGAUGUAG